AUGGUGAAGCCCGUCUGCUCCGCCGGAGCUUCGUUCUGGACUCUACCCUCAGCUUUACGAUCGCUGGUACGUUCGGCCAUUGUGAUCAGGACAGCACGCUACAAUUACUCACAAGAUGCCUCGUCAUCGAAAUUGACUAUCGCUGGCAAAAACUACCCGACCGAUGCAUGGACCAACGUACCUCAAUCAAUCCUCUCACAGUACGGCCGAGCCUUGCACGUCGAGCCCAACCAUCCACUGUCCAUUACCAGAGAACUGAUCGAGUCCCGUUUUCACAAAUUCAAGAACCAUAACACCCUCCCAGGGGUAGUAACAGUGAACCAAAAUUUCGACUCCCUAGGCUUCGCCCCCGAUCACCCAGGCCGCAGCAGAACAGAUACUUACUACAUCAGCAAGGGCACAUUACUACGGACUCACACCUCGGCGCACGAAGUCGAUGUCUUCCGAGAGAAUGCGAGCGAUGGGUGGACCCUGUCAGCAGAUGUCUACCGUCGUGAUGCGGUAGAUCGAAGUCACUACCCUAUCUUUCAUCAGAUGGAAGGUGCUUUGACUUGGGAUCGAAGCAAGUACGCUUCUCGCGAAGCUUGCACAGCUGCAAUCAAGGAAAGUUUCGACAAGCUACCAAAGCACGAUCUAGUGGUUGAGGACCCUAAUCCACCUUUUCAUCCCGAACGCAAUCCUUUGCAGGAGCAGUAUCACUUUCCGGCCGAAGCAGAAAUCGUAGCUGCACACCUGAAACGAAGUCUGGAAGACAUGGUCGUCACAAUUUUCUCCGCAGCAGACAAAGCUUUGGCAGCCGCCGGGCAGGACUCAGAAAGCGAAAAAGAACCUCUGAAAGUCCGUUGGGUGGAAGCUUUCUUCCCGCAUACGUCCCCCUCGUGGGAGAUGGAAGUCUGGUGGCGAGGCGACUGGCUCGAAGUCUUGGGAUGCGGAGUCAUAGAUCAGCCACUACUCAUCCGAGCGAAUCAGGCUGAUCGGAUAGGCUGGGCGUUCGGGAUUGGGUUGGAGAGGAUUGCUAUGUUGUUGUUCGGGAUUCCUGAUAUUCGGCUUUUCUGGAGUAAGGACUCUAGGUUCCUGCGGCAGUUCAAUGAGAAGGAGGCGAUUAGGCGAUUCCAGCCUUUCAGCAAACACCCUGCUGCUCCGCGAGAUGUGGCGUUCUGGCUUCCUGCCACCGCCGACGAACCUAUUGUCGCUGAGACUCCUGCAUCGACGUCUUCGGCUCCUAGCUCUGCGGGUGGGCAGCGAAACGAGGCUUCAAGGACCACAGAGCCGGUGUUUCACGAGAAUGAUCUUAUGGAAAUCGUGAGGAAUAUUGCUGGUGAUGGGGUGGAGGAUGUGAGGUUGAUUGAUGACUUUGUGCAUCCGAAGAAGAAGCGGAGGAGUCUUUGUUAUAGGAUUGAGUAUAGAAGUCUGGAGAGGACGAUGACGACUGAGGAGGUUAACGGGAUGCAUGAGAGGGUUUGUAGGGAGUUGAUCGAGAAGUUUGGUGUGGAGAUCAGUGCCCGGAGGCGAGAGGGCAACGAUGCACGACCACCCAAUACUGGAACGGAUCAUGAUGCUUGGAUCGAGCAGCAGCGCAAGGCUUCCACACCGGCACAUGACCAGGACGAUGCGGCGACGACAGCACCAGCACCAACCGAGGAGGCGGCCAAGAGCAAUGGUGAUGGACGGAGAACCGGGCGCUUGUCAAUGAGGAAGUUGAGGGACAGGAAGAACGGUGUUGUUGAUGUGCCCAAACCUCCGCCUAUACCCAGCUGGUUUCUCAAGCACAAUGUCUUCCUGGAGAAAGACGAAGUAGCACAAAGCAAAGGCCGGGAAGGAAAGGAGGUGUUGCGAUGUGUUGAUGCUGGGUCAGGGCAUACACUAUUCACGAUGCCGUACUACAAGCCCGUUGAGGGACGGUCGUUCACAACGAUUCGUGGCAAGCUCAUCGACAUUUCCUGUUUGGAAACAAAGAAAGAUGAAGUCAGCGGUCUGCCAGACAAGCUACGAGAAGAGGUUCUGAUACAUCAGAUGCAGGUUCUACGAGCUAAAAAGCCACAUGAGAUCGAUCAAGAGGCUUUGGGCGAGCUGCUUAUUUCUUUGCCACGAGAGACACAAGAGGAGAUCCUGCGACGUGAGGGCAUCGAACGUGGGAAGGGUUCGAAGUCUGAAGCGCCGACUGUAGGCUCUACUGAGUUGAAGACUGGUGGUAAAGAGAAGAAGCGCCCAAUCAAAAAGACACCGAACAUUGGCGUGUCAGACGGCUUCUUCAACCAGAAGUUCGGCGGGCAGUCAACCGAAGGUGCGGACACGCCACCUCGCAUUGGGUACAACAUCCUCAAGGCUAGUACCAUAGAGUCCUGUCCACCUUUCUCGUGGGUCAUGCUAGAGGCGGAGACCGCAGCGCGAGCGGCUUUGUCGAUGGGUCAACAAGCUCAGCAUGCAGCCUCAUACGCCUCGUCACGAGUUGAUCUUGCAUUACACUGUCCAGAUGGCGACUCGCACGACCAGAUGGACAUGUUCGUGCGUGAUCUGGCGCAGACAAUUGGAGUGGAUGUGGUCAGACUUGAUGCUAACGACUUUGAGGAGCUGGCUGGUGAAUACGUGGGUUCUGGACAGGACUCUCCUGGCUCUCUCGCCACGUUAGGCUACGACGUUUUUAACGGAUACGUUGGGAGCAGUGUGAGGGAAAAGCCGUUCAUGCCUUUUAAAAGUACCGAAGAAGACGAAGACGAGUUCGAUAUGGAUGAGGAUGAAGAAGAGCUUGAUGAAGACGAGGACGCUGAGGAGGAUCGUGGCAGUACUCCACCCAGUUUCAGAAAUAUAUCUGAUUUACGUAAAGCGCUAAGCGAGCGACGUGGACAGCUUGGAAAGAUGUUGUCCGGCGUGGGCAUUGCUCACGUACAUAUUGGCAAGUCGCAACUCGUGAACGGAGGAUCAUCCGAUGGUAUGCCUCCUGGCUUCGUGUUUGGCGAGGGUCCGAAAGAGUCUGCCGGAUUUGACGAUGCUCGUCUAAGGGCUUUGCUGGAUGGGCUGAUUGAUGCUGGCAAGCAGAAACGAGGCGAUGGCUCAGCGGUGCAAGCUACUCAUAGUCCAGACGAAAAGAGUAAAGCCGUCCAGCUGGGUUUAGCGCGCGCCAUGGCAAGCUGGCUUGGCAUCAAUGAGCAGGCUGGAAGCUCAAGUAUCAAGAUGCAGAGUGAGCAGACAGCAUCACCCUUAAUCCCGUUCCCCGACGAGACUGCCAAUCGCAAGACGAUCAUACACGUUCGUGACCUCAAAGAGCUGCAGAACUCGUCGCGGUCAGGAUCCGGUCCAGAUAUCAUAAAGGCAUUGGUCCAGGUCGUGGAGAAACGACGAAGACGCGGAGAAAGUGUGAUGAUUAUUGGCACGACUGCCGAAUCGGCACAGACGAGCUUUUUCAUGCCACGGCCCUCGCAGCAGAAUGAGCAAUCCUUCCGGACCAUCACUGUCCCACCUUUGUUCUCUGCGACAGCUGAGGAGCUCGAGAAGCUCGGAGCUAGUAUGCUGCCAAUAUCUACGAAGACCAUGACAGAUGAUGGUGCGUAUCGCAGGAUACUGGAGAUGAAUCUACGACAUUUGCAGAGCAUGCUGAGGCGACUACGACCUGGUCAGGAGGUGGAUCUGCUGAGCAAAAGUGCGCAAGCACAAAUGAGCUUGCGUGGAACAUACGUGCUUGGCGAGAAGGUCUUGACACUCGAUCAGGUCCAGCGACUCGUCCUCACUGCUAUUGGACUUGCUGAGACGCACGCCAAAGCGGACACGAUCCAGCCGGCACACCUGGCUCUGGCCAUACACCUUACUAGCAAUGUAGAUCAAGUCGUGCAGACAUGGACAUCAAGUGAUCGCAUGUCCAAGCUGCCGAAGUCGAUGCAACCCGGUAGCAAAGGCAAAAGCGGCGAGAGCGACAGCAAAGAAUCAGGUCCCAGUAAAGCCGACCAGGUUCGCAGCUCAUGUAAUCAGCAUGAAGGCAAACUCCUGACGGGCGUAGCCGACGCAAAGAAAAUCAAGACAGGCUUCGCGGAUGUCCAUGCGCCGACAGAAACGAUCGAAGCUCUCAAGACACUGACAUCACUCUCCCUCAUGCGUCCUGAAGCCUUCAGCUACGGUGUCCUCGCCAAUGACCGCUUACCAGGUCUACUGCUCUAUGGUCCACCAGGCACAGGCAAGACUCUUCUCGCGAAGGCAGUGGCGAGAGAAAGCAAAGCCACUGUCCUUGAGAUCACCGGUGCUCAAAUCUACGAGAAAUACGUCGGUGAAGGCGAGAAGAUGGUUCGGGCUGUCUUCUCCCUAGCUAAGAAGCUCUCGCCAUGUGUCGUCUUCAUCGACGAAGCAGAUGCUAUCUUUGGCAGCAGGAGUAGCGCAGGAAACAGGAAUACUCACAGGGAGAUUAUCAAUCAGUUCUUGCGGGAGUGGGAUGGCAUGGAUGACCGCGGUGUCUUCGUCAUGGUUGCCACGAAUCGACCCUUCGAUCUCGAUGAUGCUGUGCUCCGCCGUCUGCCACGACGUUUGUUGGUCGAUCUACCCGUGGCUAAAGAUCGCGAGUCAAUUCUGGGCAUCCACCUCAAGGAUGAAAUCCUCGAUACCGAGAGCGUCAAUCUCGAGAAGCUGGCAGAGCGCACACCCUUUUACUCGGGCUCCGACCUCAAGAAUCUCUGUGUCGCCGCCGCUCUCGCCUGUGUAAGAGAAGAGAAUGAUCUUCGAAUCGCUGACCCGCAAGCUAAGCUGCCUGAGAAGAGGACGCUGACUGGGAAGCACUUUGAAAAGGCUGUGCAGGAGAUUAGUGCGAGUAUUAGUGAGGAUAUGGGAUCCCUGACUGCUAUUAGAAAAUUCGACGAGCAGUAUGGCGAUAGGCGUGGGAGGCAGAAGAAGAAGAGUUAUGGCUUUGCGCCUGCGGGUGCGGAGGGCGUCGUGGAUGAGAGUGCCGUAAGAGUACGGCAGGCUGAGAGUAGUGUGGGUGGUACGCCGCCGUGA